AUGGAUCCGGCGGCCGAGCCGCCAGCGGCGGCGUGGCCGCCAUGGACGUCACUCCUUCUGCGGGCGCUAAGCCGGCGUCGGACCUGGGUAGCGCUCUUCCUCGCCGUGUACGCGGCGCUGCUCUCCUCCUCCUGGUCCCUACUCGCCUCCGUCCGCGCCUGGUACUACUCCGCCUCGGCCUCCUCCGCGGCGCCCACUUGGCCCGCCGCGCUGUACGCCUCGGUCAUGUACGGAGCGGUGUUCGGGCUGCUCUCCAUGGGGGCGGCGCUGGCCGUGGCCGCGCCCGCCAUGCUCGUCACCUGGACCACCGUCCUCGUGCUGCUCGCCUUCGCGGGCCGCCCGCCCCGGUCGCUUGUCGCCGAAGGCCGACGCGCCACCAGGGACAUCGCGGGGCUCGCGCUCCGCGUGCUACUACGCGAGGGCAACGCUGUCGCCGCGCUCUGCGCCGCCGCCAGCUUCGCCGCGCUCCUAAUCGGCCGCCGCGACGACGACGACGCUUCCUAA